AUGCCUCGUGCAUCUGCAAAACCGGGUGCUACAGGAUUCAAGAAAAUUGCACCUCUACCCAGCACUACAGGAGCAGGGACAAAGGGGAAUGCGGCCCCUGAUUUACAAUCCAGCAAGACGCCGAAGCAGGUUAAGAAAACCGCUCAGAAACGGAACAAAAAGCGCAAGGCCGGAAUUUAUGAUGACGAUGAAGAAAGCAUCAUCAAGGCUGGAGGUUCGGACUCGGAUGGAUCAGAUGAAUUCACCACGGUUACCACUCAAACCAAGUCGGGUCGACAGAUUCAUCGACCCACUGUUUUCGCUCCACAACCGGAUCCAGCUCCAAUCUCUGCGGCGGGAACGGCAGUGUCUCCCGUGGGAGGCCCCGAGGGAGGGAGUCCCCGGAAGAAGCGACGAAUACGGCGGGUAAAAGAAGCCAACAUCACCUGCGAGCACUGUCAGAGGGGUCAUAGCCCGGCAGGGAAUCAAAUCGUGCUUUGUGACGAUUGCAAUGGGGCAUGGCAUCAAUUCUGUCAUGAUCCGCCGGUGGAAGCAGAGACAGUCAGUGAGAAGGAGUCGCAGUGGUUCUGUAGUGAUUGCAGACCCCUUAAAGCCCCCCCAUCUGUUGCUUCAGUACCUGGUGUUUCAAACGUCGAAACGGUUACUGCUACCGUUUAUGAUUCCAACUUUCUGCAUUCGCAAAACCUCGUCGGAGGAUCGAAUUUCACCGCUGAGGAAAGAUUGGGAUAUCUUUCUCGUCUCUCUCAUGCCGCUCUGGUUGGUCUGUUAGCGCGGAUAUCUGGUGAAAACCCCGAGUUACCGAUUUUCCCAGCCAAUUUGAAGGAACUACGCACAUCUACGUUUAUAGCUCCGUUUCCCACGAAGCCAUCGAGCGCAGCAACAAACGCCACUUCACAAGACACCACACUGUCAACGUCGUUGCCGCAGGUUGCCGGUGCCAUCUCUCCACCCCCCGCAAAAGUCCAAACCCAACAUCCACCCGCAACCACCAUCGCCUCUUCUGACCCUACUCCCGCCGCAGCUCCUAUCGACGAGUACGCUUCCGACGAAGAAUUCAUCCCGGAGCACCGUCUCUAUCCUAAGCCCGGAAAUGGGUUCCGUUUGCCUCCUGACUCGGUGGAUCUUGAUAUAUUGCUUGAAGAUCCCAACUGUCGGACGUUUAGCCAUGCGCUUCAUGGCCCGGCGGAGAUGAGAGCCGAAGCUGCUGUUGGCGUCGCGUGA